CCGUCCACCACUGAUGACGUUUUGCGAAGCCACAAGGAGCAGCAACAGCUCAGCUGUCCGUUUGGCGGCCAACAAACCCCAAAAACACAACCAAUGUGUUGACGGAACGGGGCAUUCUUUUCCUCCUCAAAUCACCGGAAGUCGAGGAGCGUGAAACCUCAAGUCCGGCUGCCGACUGAGGAGUGAGAGCCACAUGAAAAGGUGCCGGGUCGAGCAGCGAAGAGUGAUCGCGACCAGGUGAUGGCCCCCACGGCUAUGAAGCUGCGUGUUCGCCGCCGCAACACCAACAACAACAACAUUAACCAUGGUGACCGACCGCCCGAGGAAGCGGAGAGGAGCCGAGGAAGUCGCAGGAGGAAGAGGACGAGUGCCGAAACGCAGGCCGCCGCAUCGCCUCCUCCUGCGCCGUCGGCCCGAGCAGCUCUGACGUCGGCGGAGGCGUCGCCCGAUUCCAAGUGUCCCAUCUGCCUCGACCGCUUCAACAACAUGGCGUAUUUGGACCGCUGCCUGCACCGCUUCUGUUUUCCAUGCAUACAGGAGUGGUCACACAACAAGGCCGAGUGUCCACUCUGCAAGCAGCCCUUCACCUCAAUAUUGCACUCAGUUCGCGCCGAGGACGACUUCAAGGAGUACACGUUGCGGCCAACCCCAACUGGCGGCAGUGUGGCGGCCACGGUGGCCAUGGUAGCCGCCAUGGCAUCGGCGGCGAGGAGUGACCAGUUGAGGCUCAUGCUGAGAAGGCACCGGGUGGCUGACGCCACCGAGCCCGCCACCAGGAGCCAGAGGAGGGAAGCAGGAGGUGCGGGGAGGAGCGAGGACGAGCAGGGGGUGUGGCAGUGGUAUCUGGACGUCCCGCCACUUCCUCUGGUCCCGCAUCAUUCGGACCAGGAUGGCGAUCGCGGCGUCAUAUUUGAAGGCCUGUCGGGUCUCGGCGAAGCCGUAACUGGCCGAGCUUCGCAACGCCUCGUUACCCGAUUGGCCGCCAGGCUGCGUCUACAGCGAGAAGGGGUGGCGGUGCGGCGUCUGAGGGAGGGCGAGAUGGUGGCCUUUCGACGCGCCCUCUAUCGCGGCGGCAUCCGCGUGCAUGGCGUGGCGGGCGCCGGCGCCACCCAGCCGCAGCGAGACAUUUCGGUGGAUGGCUUCCGCCGGGACCCCGGCCAGCUGAACAGACUGCGGCCUUGGCUGAGGCGCGAGCUCACGGUGCUGUACGGCUCCCAUGGCUCGUUGGUGGAUGUCGUGCAUCGUGUCAUCGCCGCCCGAAUGGCUCGCCGUGGCUUGGAGGACGCGGCCGCAAUGGAGGAAGAACUCCAGCCCUUCCUGUUGGCGCAAACGCAGCACUUCCUCCACGAGCUGCUCUGCUUCGCCCGCUCGCCGCUCGGCAUGGACGAGUACGACUUACACGCCGCCUACCAUCCGCCACCCGCAGACGGCGGUGGCUCCACUUCCAGCUCUGUCAUCACCAUCUCUGAAGAGGAGGGGGAGGAAGAGGGGGGGCAGCGGCGCAACGAGCAGACGCCAGGCCCCUCGUACUCGGCCACGGUGACGUCGCUACCCUCGAGCCCUGCCGCGCGGGAGGAUGAAGGGGAAUGUAUGAUUGUGGGCUACAAAAAGCCCAUGGCCGAGCGCACGCCGGAGCUUGUGCACCUGUCGUCCGACUCGGAGCGCUCGUCGCCCGCCGUCCCGCCCUCUACCUCGACCGCCUGCCUGGAGAAGAACCCCGCGGUGGGUUCGGUGAGUUCAGUCUGCACCCUCAGUCCGUCGCCUCGGACGCCUGCUGACAAAAAGAAGAAGAAAAAGAAGAGGAGGAGAAGCCGGGAGCGUGUGAGGAAGAGCGGCACUUUGGCCAAUCCCAACCGCUCCAUUUAUCCCGCCAUGAUGCGCUGCCUUUCAUACUCCAGCCUGGAGUCGGGCUCUCCGCUAGCCCUCAGCCCGCCGGACUGCGGCUGGGCAUUCUCCUCGUCGUCAUCCUCCUCCUCAUUAUCCUGUUCAUCUUCCUCUUCCCCCAUCUGCUCCUCUUCGCCACCGCCGCCAUCCCCUCUCUCACCGUCGCGCUCCGGCGGAGAGAAACCCAGCGGGAAGAGGAAGUACAAGAGCCGACACCUGGACGAGCGCAGCCACUCCGGCAACAGGCAGCGAGGGGCGGGGCGCAGCAAGAGAAAGAGCGACACCGGCAAGAUGGCUGCUGGCAGCAACAGCACAAGAGGGCUCCAACAUGAGCGCAGUCCCAGCGUGGAGAUCGUGUUCGAAGGCACCGCCUCACCGAAGCGGCAUCGUGAGACUCAGCGACCCGGAAGGAUGCCGCCCGUCAUCACGCUGGACAGCAGCGACGACGACGAGUCGUCACGUCUUCCCGCCGCCCCGUUGCUGAGCUUGGACCGCGCCGGCGUCUCGGACACCUUGGCGGACGUUAAGGACGUCAGCUUUUCAAAUCAGGAGCGAGCGGCCGUUUGCCAGGUAAGAAGCGACCCUGCCCCGCUGAUGCCGGCGCCGCCACUCAAACUUCUGGAUGAAGGCAACGAGGAGGAAGAGGCCAACUUUUUCCCACCCUCCUCAUCCCUUGACUUCCUGUCUCACACCACUGACCUCUUCCAAAUCGACCCGGCUCCCGGAGAUGACCUCAGCGCCCUUCCCUCCCCUUCCAUCAGUGCCCCGCCCUCCCCUUCCUUCAGUGCCCCUCCCUCCCCUUCCAUCAUGUCAUGCCCCCUCUGAUGUCACCGCACUCUUCUUCCCAAUCACGUGACUCGAAUUGUGCUUUUUGUACUGCCUCUUGACGUUCAACCCUGUUUCCAUGGAAACGCGCCCAGGACUCCAUUCAAAUGCCAUUCAUGUGUUCAUUUGUGGCCACUGGAUGGCGCACCGAGGCUUCAAAAUAUGGCGAACAUGUUUUCUAAGUGCUUUUAAUGUGAAAUUGGGUAGCAGUGAGUAUGUGGAUGACCACACGCACGCACGCAUACACACUUACACACACGCACAAACUUGAUGACAAUAAACACUUUCAGGGGAUUUAAAA